AUGCACGCUAGAUGGAAACCAGCCACUUAUAUGCGCGAGCCAUCUCAAUAUUCUACGUUGACCUCAUCCCUCCUUGCCGGUAGUACAGCUGCGUUCUCUCGCGUCAAGUCUAUUGGUGUCGUUGCGUGUAAUCUUCGGAUCUUGGAUUCCAUAGUCAUCGGGAGCAACCCGAGCACGCGAGAUUCGCCAUGGACGACAUUCAAGGCACUCCCGUUCACACAACUCUAGAACGUGCCUCGUGGGAUGGGUUGAUUCUAUCUCACAGAAUGACGUUAGAAUUCCCGAUACUUAAUCCCAUGCCUUUUGUCUGGCAGUUGGGUGACCGCGCAGGAUUGCCAACGUACGCAUUGGGAGCUCGUCGUAAAGC